GUGACUGAUAGCAACUAAUAUCAAAUUAAUGACGUAUGUGUAUCACCUGUUGAAUUAUAUAGUAAAUUAUAGUUAUUAGAUAGAAAGUGUUUCACAGCCGCUUUAUAUAUCAGUCUAAAAACUAGAUUGGAAAUGAACAUAAGGAAUUCGGAAGAGUUGAUGCUUUUUGUAUCCUUAGAUAAUUUAAUGUUGGAGCACAUCUCAGUACACGUAUAAAAUAAAGUGAAUUAAUUUGGAAGUUAGUUAGCGGUUUUUAUUCCAUGGAGAACUGCUCAAGAAUAUUCUACGAUUUCUUCUUUUAUCCGUAAAUUGUUUUUUAUAAAUAUAACACAUAUAUAAAGCUGUAUUUGGUGAUACCUUGUGAUUUUAUUGAAAGACUUGAUUUUAAUGAACCACACUUCGUUAUUUCUUUUUUAAUUUUUUAAUUAUAAUUUUCUUUAUAUUUUUUUUAAUGAAAUUUUAACAUGGGAUUGAAAUUUCCCACAAUAAAAGGAAAGCCGGUGAUAUUUUUGGAGUUAAUGAUAUGUAUCUUAAUUUAACAGAAUCUGCACCAAUUACAGGGAUUUAUAUUAUCUAAACGGUUAAAUCCAAAUAUCAAAAUGGGUUUCAUGAAGAAAAUUCGUCAACUUCGUGAUCGUAUUAAAACAUUUCGAUUUAUUACGUGGUUUGGAAGUCUUCUUCCGAGAAGAGCCGUUAAAACUCCCAAUAAACAACAAAGUUUUAGAAAAUGGUCGGCAUCUAUUGUAUUUAUUGCUACGGAAUUAAAAAUGGUGUUUGAUUUGGAUAAUCUACCAGACGAUGAGGGUUUUAUGGAACUAAAAAGGAAUCCCAAGUCGAGUGAUUUGGUCAACAGUGCCGAACUAUCAAGCGCAUCGGUCAAGAUGGCCGAAGAAGAAGGUGAGGGAGAUGUAGACCUACACAGAGUAUAUACUGUUGACCAGGAGAUGGACAUUGAGAAAAAUGAAACUUUUGGAAUGACCGGGGAUCGUGUUAGCAUCAUCGAUGAUACAUUUACCAAAACGGUUGAGUCAGAAAACCCAAAGGAUAAUAACCAUGAUGAAACACAGCAAAUCCUGGAACCUAAACAAGAUCGAGACGUUUGGGGUAAAAAGAUGGAUUUUUUGUUGUCUACGAUUGGUUAUGCCGUUGAUUUGUCCAAUGUUUGGAGGUUUCCUCAUCUGUGUUACAAAAACGGUGGAGGUGCUUUCCUGAUACCGUAUUUUACUGUAUUGUUCCUCUGUGCUGGUCCAGUCUUUCUAAUGGAAAUGUCUUUAGGCCAAUAUCAUCGACUUGGUCCAAUAUCUGUGUGGAAAAUGUCGCCAAUAUUUAAAGGUAUUGGAUAUUCAUCCUGUUUCAUGGCUUAUAUCGUAGCCUUUUACUAUAAUAUCAUCAUUGGUUGGGCUUUCUUCUAUCUAUUCUCAUCGUUUACAACACAGUUACCAUGGACAACGUGUGGUCAUGAAUGGAAUAGUGAUCAAUGUUGGCAACAUGAUUGGAAGGACAGGAAUCAGACCAACAAUACAUUAAGUAUAAAUGACACUGUUUCCUCAACAAAGGAAUUUUUUGAGCGUGGAAUGUUAAGGUUAGAUAAAAGUGAAGGUUUAGAAGAUUUAGGACCAAUAAGAUGGCCGCUCUUUUUAUGUACACUUUUCACUUUUAUCAUACUAUAUUUCUGUUUAUGGAAAGGUGUCAAAAGCUCAGGAAAGGUGGUAUGGGUAACAGCUACAUUACCAUAUAUUAUAUUAGCCAUAUUACUAAUACAAGGUGUAAUGCUGCCAGGAGCUGUAGAAGGAAUUGAAUAUUUUAUAAAACCAAACUUAUCUAGAUUGAAUAAUCCUCAGGUAUGGAUUGAUGCCGCAGUACAAGUGAUGUUCUCUGUAGGUGCAGGAUUUGGUACCCAUAUCGCGUAUUCUAGUUAUAAUAAAUUUACUAAUAACUGUUAUAGUGAUUGUAUUAUAACUAUGGCAGUAAACUGUUUUACCAGUGUAUUUUCUGGAAUUGUUAUAUUUGCCUAUCUUGGUUAUAUGUCACUUACGUCACAGAAAGGAAUUGAUCAAGUUGCAACUGAAGGUCCAGGUUUAGUAUUUAUAGUAUAUCCAGAAGCUGUUGGUACAUUACCUGGUUCAGUUUUCUGGUCCAUGAUCUUCUUCCUUAUGUUAAUAACAUUAGGUUUAGAUAGUGCUUUUGGUGGUCUAGAAUCUCCAUUAACAGGAUUAAACGAUGAGCUUAAAAACAAAAUGAAACAUCGUUAUUCUCGAGAAAUUUUAACAUUCUGUGUCGUUAGUUCAGCAUUUAUUUUCUCUCUUCCAUGUCUUACUGAGGGUGGUGCAUAUGUGUUCAACAUCUUAGAUAAUUUUGCAGCUGGUACUUCCAUACUGUUUGCUGUGAUGUCACAAGUAAUAGCAGUUUCCUGGUUUUAUGGUAUUGAACAGUUUAGUUCGGAUCUAGAACAAAUGACGGGUCGUCGCCCAGGUUUAUAUUGGAGAAUAUGCUGGAAGUUUAUUAGUCCAAUUUUGCUAUUGAUUCUAGUUAUAACAAGUAUUAUAGAUUAUGUACCAUUAUCUUAUACGUCAUCAGAUAAAACAUAUAACUAUCCUUUGUAUGCUAAUAUUAUUGGUUGGUGUAUUGCUCUAUCUAUAAUGUUAUUAAUACCAGCAUAUGCUGUAUAUAAACUAAUCACAACACCAGGGAGUCUCAAAGAGAGAAUUUCUCUAUGUAUAUCACCUGAGUGGGAGCACCAGGAAAUUAAAGAGAAAAAGUAUGUAAAGAGAUUUCAGAAAAAGCACUGGCUCUCAAUCUGAAACAAGUGGUUUGGACUAGAGAUGAUAAAAUAUAGUUUCUGGAAUAAUCACAUACUAAGGACCGUUACGUGUGUGGGUGUGUGGGUGUGUGUGUGUGUGUGUAUAUGAAAUACAGGUUUAGGUGGAAAGUUACAGGGCGUUCAAGAAAGACAAUGAUUUAACCAGUAAUUAAAGCUUGGUUGCUUUGGGUUUUUUGUUGGUUUUUUAAAAUAACCCCCCCCCCCCAAAAAAAAACCUGUUUGUGAGUGUACUUAAGGAUAAAUCUAUUUUCAGAAGACGUACUGUCGCUUUUAUAGAAUUCUAACAUUUGGAAUUAGUAGGCCUAAACCAAAAUUGGACUUUAUAUCGCAAAACACUCAGCAAAUAACAAAUUCAUUCCUUAUACAUAUCAAUCGGCGAACCCAGGUAGAUCUGGUAUAGCCAAAUAUAAUCAAGAAGGGUGUAGAAUGAGUAAAACCAUUCUUAUCGUUUUAACUAUCGGCAUAUUGUCAUCAUUAAUUAUCACUUGAACCAAUAUAAUUGCCCAUUUUAUAUAUUCAAUUUAUUGUGUCGCUAUAGUUAUAGUCGAAACCAUAGAUAAUCGAAAGAUUAUAAUAAUAUGUCAAAUGUUGUUAAAAAAUUAAAAUAUUGAGUGAGAAGUGCACUUGACGUUAAUUUAGAAGUUUAAAGUUUUUAUUUCAAUGUUAAUUUUCUUAGCUGCUCAUUUACUUUUAACAAAAAGGGAUCGGGUAGAAUCUUUCCGUAAGGCUUCUUUUAGCUUAUUAAACAGUAGUUGUAGUUAUUCCCAAUUGUUUCUAGGUAGGUCACGUAGUGAUGUUGUUACCGUUUUACACGACUCUCCUUGUUUCCAUCUACCUUUUUAUUUGGUGGUAUCCAAUUACAACUCGAAUUUUCAGUAUGCCAUUUUGAAGAUUGGAGAUUAAAACAGGUCAAAGUAUCAUAGCUUUAAAAAUCUGAACUGUUACCAUGUUAUAAUCCUUUAGAAGUUAGUACUAUACUUUAUGUGACCUAACAAUACAGUCUCGCUUAGUUCUAUCUUGAGCAUGUCUUAGUCAUUCAAGGUGAAUUUAGCAAUUCAUUCAUUUAUCAUUAGGAAUUAAAUUAAUUUGAAAACUUACCCACAAUAACAAGUCCAGGUACAAUUAUAUGUAGUGCCCCAGAGUGGUAAAUAUUUUAUAUAAAUAUAAUGAUAUACUCAUGUGUGAAUUUGUUUGUAUAUUUUGAAUGUAUUUUGUGAAUGUAUUAUCAUAGUAGAUAAUGUUUGAAAAGUGUGCUGUAGGUUACAAUAGAUGUAAGAUGAGGUAUAAGUAAAAUCAGUGUAGACAUGAUUUAUGAUAUUGAUAGAAUGUUAAAGUUUUUAUACGCCCACAUUUUCAUGUGGACGUAUAUUGUCGCCGCCCCUUCUACAGGUCACAAUUCUUGACGGAACUUGAAAUAUAGGUUUAUCUCUUAAAGAUCUCGGUUUCUUUCGAUAUUGGCAUGUAUCGGAUCGAAAAUUCAUGGAUUAUGACCCCUGAUUGUACGAAAAAUAACAUUUUUAGCUUGUGGACACUCAAAAGGUCACAAUUUUGAUCCGAUUUUGAUGAGAGUUGAAUACAUGUUUAUAACUCAAAGAUCUUGGAUCCUGUCGAUAUUUGCGCAUAUCGGAUCGUAACUUCCGGAAUUAUGGCCCCUGAUUGUACGAAAAAUCGCGUUUUUAGCUUGUGGUCCCUCUAGAGGUUACAAUUAUUAUCCGAUUGACAAAACCGUUCGAAUAUAUCACUGUUACGCCGUAAUGACGAUUGAGUUCGAAUUUCGUGAAAAUCGGACAAAACUGCCGGACAAAAUGGUCGCCCCUCGUACGCAAAUAGUGUAUAAAUAUGGUUAUUCAAGGUUGUGGACCCUCUAGAGGUCACAAUUUUAAUCCGAUUUUGAUGAAUCGUGAAAUACAUGUUUAUAACCCAACGAUCUUGGUUCCUUUUGAUAUUCGCUCAUAUUGGAUGGUAACUUCCUGAAUUAUAGCCCAUAAUUGUAUGGAAAAUCACGUUUUAAGCUUGUCGUCCCUUUAGAAGUAACAGUUUUUAUCAAAUUUAAAAAGAAAACGUCUGAAUAUAUCACCAUUACACCCGAAUGAUGGCCACCCUUCGUACGUAAAUAGAGUAAAUAUGUGGUAUAUCAAGGUUGUGGACCCUCUAGAGGCCACAAUUUUGAUUCGAUUUUGAUGAAACUUGAAACACAUGUUUACAACCCAAAGAUGAUGGUCCUUUCGAUAUUCACCAUGUCGGAUCGUAGCUUCCUGAAUUAUGACCCUUGAUUGUACGAAAAAUCACAUUUUUAGCUAGUGGUCCCACUAGAGGUCACAAUUUUUAUCCGAUUUUAAAAAAAACGUUUGAAUAUAUAACCGUUACACCCUAAUGAUGGUUGAGUUCGAAUUUAGUGAAAAUCGGACCAAAACUGCCGUACAAAUGGCCGCCUCUCGUACGCAUUUAGUUUAAAAGUUUUGAUUUCAGACCAUAACUUCCUGGAUUAUGGUCGCUGAUUGUACGAAAUAUGGAUUUCUUUUUAGCUUGUUCUCUAUCCAUCUCUUGCAAAAAGUGGUCGUAUCUUGCCUGGGAACGGCUGGUUUAUUUUUAUUGGUAAAAAUGUAUGUCUGUUGUAUAUCAUAUGCAUAACCAUAGAAAAUAAUGUACCAAUUUUACCAUUCUUGUUACAGUUUAAUACAUGUAUAUUCUUCAUGGAGUCCCAGAUUGAUUACAGUCCAUAAUACUGUAGUAAUAAAUCCUGAUAGGGAUAAAUAAGACAAAACAUCCAUAAAACAAAUAGGCAAAUCGACAUAAUAGUAAAGUAACUUCCGAAAUGAGGAACUAUAUUUGAAAAAUAAUGUGAUGCUGUAUGGAAAGAGUAAGCUAUACUCUGUCUCGUGCUAAUGCUGAAUAAUGGGACGGCGGUUAACCUCCAGUUGUGAUAUUGUUCAAAAGAUAAAUUCACAAAGCAUUCUCAGACUUAAGUUAAGAAUUUACUAAAAAUUGUUCGCCCGAUUUUAAUUAAAAUAUAGCCCUUUAUAAAACUUUUGUUGUCUUAAUGUAUCGAGCAAGGUUUUGUGAUUCUGGAUCAAACAUAUUUCUCAUCAACAGUGAUUUUAAGGUGAGUAAAUUAUUAACUCAAUUCUGAGAACGCUUUGUGAACAAGGGCAUAAAAUU